CUCACGGCUCAUUGCUGCAAGCCAAUCUUAUCGCGCUUGUUAUUUUCCAAGGGCAUUGUGGGAGGGUUAUGUAAAAGAAAGAUGGCAGCUGCCUGUGGUGGAGCACUUGGACGGAUCGGCUUGCAGUUUCUCCGGACCCGCGGCGGUAUCGCCGGUCCUGUCAGCUCGCUGGUGCCGCGGGUUCCGCUGCAAGGAGCGGGGAGGUCGUAUGGAACCGGGGGCGGUUCGGGGUUCCGAUCCAAAUGGUUUUGGACUCUCCCGGGUCGGAGAGUUAGCGGCAGGGUGUUGGGAUGUGCGUUCCUGCUCGGUGGAGGAGGACUGGGAUUGUACCACACAGUUAAAUCCUGUUUCCACAGUCAAUUCGCGCAACAAAUGGCACCGCAGUCUGACACGGGUGACCUGCGGCUGACCUUGUACCAGUAUAAGACCUGCCCUUUCUGCAGCAAGGUCCGAGCCUUCCUCGACUACCAUGGGCUGCCCUAUGACAUCGUGGAGGUCAACCCAGUCAUGCGGAAAGAAAUCCAGUUCUCCCAGUACAGGAAAGUGCCCAUCCUGCUGGCGGACGACGGCGAAACAUUGCAGCUGAACGACUCGUCUGUGAUAAGCAGCGCGAUCAAGACGUACAUGAUAUCGAAGGAUAAAAACCUGAAGCAGAUUCUCUCGUACUACCCUGAGAUGAAGUACAAGGACGAGAAAGGGAAGGAGGUGACUGAAUACAGCAACAAGUACUGGGUGAUGCUGGGGGAGCAGGAAGUGGAAGAGCACUACCCUUCCAAAGAGUCCAUGAAGGAGGAGGUUAGGUGGCGUCGCUGGGUGGAUGACUGGCUGGUUCACCUCAUCUCCCCCAACGUGUACCGCACCCCGACCGAAGCUCUGGCCUCCUUCGACUACAUCGUCCGCGAGGGCAAGUUCGGCUCCUUCGAGGGCUUCUGCGCCAAGUACCUGGGCGCGGCCGCCAUGUUCAUCAUCAGCAAGAGGCUCAAGAGCAGACACGAGCUGCAGAGCGACGUCAGGCAGGACCUGUACAAGGCCGUGAACGACUGGGUCACAGCCAUUGGCAAGAAGAGGCAGUUCAUGGGAGGCACUCGACCCAACCUCGCUGACCUGGCGGUGUAUGGGGUGCUGCGUGUGAUGGAGGGACUGCAGGCCUUCGAUGACAUGAUGGCCCACACCAGCGUGCAGCCCUGGUACGAGCACAUGGAGAGAGCGAUCAAGCAGCACCAGGGGAAGCACUAGUGACCCGACCCGAGGCUUACAGAACAGAGGAGGGCAUGAAACAGAUGCCUGAAUCACCUCUGUGUUCCACACCUGGAGCACUGGGAGCUGCAAUGGCUACACCUUCACCCAUUCCAGGUUUUACUUCGAGCUUGGUUAGCCACGUUGUAUAGGUAACAAGCACAGACGAGUCUUAUUAAACUCUCAUAGUAAAACCUGGAGUGGAUCCAGCUGCUAUGCAGUCUCCUAACCUCCUCUGUUCUAGAAACCUGGCUGCCCCCUCAUCCAUCUCCCAAACAGAACCCCAGAUUCUCAUUAUCUUCCUGAAGACCCCAGCCUUAGAUUUGGUGUGGGUCAAGAUCCUUUCUCUUGUUUAAACUUAAGACCAUGCCAGACCCUACAAUGAAGGACACAAACUGUUCACAGUAUCGAUUGUGUAUUAUUGGUAAUCCUACAGUUUCAGUAGUAAUUUGCACGGGACAUGUUUUAAGAAUGGUAAAUAUUGAGCAAGCUGUGUUUUCAAUUAAAUUAUAAGAUGCAGUGUGUCUGCCAUCCUGUAGGGGGAGCUGUUGGACCGAUACUGCAUUGUUCUCUUUUCUAAACUGUAGGGAUUGUAAUACUGUGAUAUAUUGAGAGUGAUCAUAUACAGAGAGUCUCUAAUGAACAUUUCAGAUUUUUUUUUUUUUUUUGUCUGUAAAUGUAUACAGGCUUGUUCUCCCUGACAAUGUGCAGCAGCUCUUCAAUAUACAGAAACCUAUUCCAGGAUCUUCAGACUAACAGGACUCCGCGCUGCCCUCCGCUACCGCAGUCAUUUCUGUUACACACCAUGGUUAUCCAUGGUAGCGGUCAUAGUGUAGUUCUGAGCUUCAGGGGUAUAUAUUUGAAUAACUUAUUGAGCUGAAGAGAGCGCUUUUUUUUUUUUUUUUUGUAUUGGCUUCAGACGUUUAAUCAGAUUUUCGUAGCUUAUACUUAUACCCAUGCAGAACAUUAAGGAGUGUAUACAGAAAACGCAGGUGUGCGCAAGUCCUCCGAGAUUUAUAGCUAUCGUUAGUUAAUUAACGAGGUUUGAUCUAGGAUCCCCUGGGAUUACACCAACAGCCUGUUUUUAAAGGUAUUCACGGGAUUACCGUGGCGAUGGGGGUUUCGUCCACUGCUGUGAAAUGCUGUAAGAAAAUCCAGCUGUGGCUGAUCAGGGCAGCCCUUUAGACCUGGAAGCAGGUCAUGUUGUCUGUCAAUGAAGUUUAAUAACAGUACAGGAGGACCUAACUGUACUGUGCAAGUGGAAAUUGCACGCCCCUGUAAUAACGAUCUCCUCGUGGUCAGAGAACAGUGAAUGCUGCUGGAAGUCAAUAUCUAAAUCCUUGAUUAAAAAUCCAGCUAAGGAACCUUUAGAAGCGUAUUGCCGCCUCAGCCAGACUGCCUUGUUUAUACGUGUGGAUAGAUUUCCUGGAGCAGUGAUCAUGUUCAGGGGGCCGGGGGUGGGUGAUCUGUAUUUGUAAGUCUUCCUCGGGGGGGGGUGAAAUAUCACGUUUAUUUAAAAGCACUUAAUUGUUAAUAUUCUGCAAUCUAUAAAUACUGUAAAGUGACUUUCUAAAAAAAAAAAAAUGUUGCAGCGCUGGCUGUGUAAGGAUGCUAGGAGCAGACCCUGAAUAAAGAUGAAUAAAGUCUA